AUGGUUGUGGGCAGGCAUAGACUGCUCUCGCUCGCAGUACUUUCAGGUCUUGGUGUAGACGCUGUUCGUGGAGGGAUCACAUUAACCACCUGCUUUACCGUCACCGUGAGUGGUGGUUCAGCGACCAAGUCAUGCUCAGUAACGGUCACCACCAACAGCUGGGGAUACGGCCCUCAGACUUCAACAACGAUCAGGUUUGCACCCACGGUCACCUACAUUACCACAGACAAAAACCCGGCGGUUGUGUACUCGCCAAUGCAGACCCCUGACUACGGCGUAACCAACGACAACACAGGGUCACCGAGGCCGACGCCUGUGAGCGUUGAUCCGGUCAACCCACCAGUGUACAACACGUUCCACAGUGACAAUAGCCCGGGCGAAGUAAUCAAAACCGUACCCAAGCCAGUUACCGUCAUCGUGAAGCCUUCCGAGGUGGUGAUUGGCACUUCCACGAUCGCCGACAAGCCGGCAACAAAGACACAGACCGUCGUGGUGGGCGGUGAAACCUUCACGGUCGGGCCAACCCAGAUAGUAGGAGGUGGUGCCACCGUAACCAGGCCGUCUACAACCAAAGGAGGAGCGGGAGCAGGAGCGGGAGCAGGAGGAAUCAUUUACGCCCCCGUGCCGACAAGCACCAAGCUCAACGACCUGUCCAUCAUCGUGAGCUCCUCCGUAGCCGUAAUCGGCACAGGCAGCUCCACCUUCACUCUCCCACCAAAACCUACCACGGUCGUCGUCGACGACCAUACCGUCAGCCUCGGGCCCAGCGGAAUAGCCAUCAUCGACCCCAAAGGCAACCCCAUCAUCACAACCGUCACCCUCCCACCACCCCGCGAGCAAACCAUCACCGUCGGCCCCGGCCCCAACAACGAACCCAAAACCACCACCGUAGACGGCGUCCCCAUCACCAUCAUCAGCUCCUCCGUAGCCAUCAUCGGCGUCGGCACCAGCAGCUCUACAAUCGUCUUUCCUCCCUCAGGCUCCUCACCCACCACCAUCACCAUCGACGACGGCAACGGCAGUGGCAACGGCAGCCACACCCUAACCGUGGGACCCUCAGGAAUCACCCUCACCGCGCCCCUGCCUCCCGACGCCAUCGCCACCGGGUUCCCAAUAACCACAACCCAUACCCUUUCCAUGCCCCUUCCUUCACUGAUAACCUCCUCUGGUCAACCACCGCCACCAACGCCCUCAACACCAGCAACAGAAGUCGUCAUAGCAGGCGGCCAACUAAUAACAGCCAUCGGCCGCUCUGUGGUAGUCAUCCACGGCACCACAAUCACCUACACCACUCUCUCCUCCCCCUUCACCACCGUCAUUGACGGCCAAGACACUAUAGUUUUGGAUCCCUCCACUGGCGUGUUAAUAACGCACCACCUCCCUGCCACAACCGCAGGAACCGGUGCAGGAGGACCAGUGGCAGUAACAACUCUAGGCGGCCCCAACGCCGAUCCAUCAGCUACCGAAUUCGCAGUCGUCGGCGGCGCGACGAUAACGAAAGUGGGCGCGUCUGUGGUGGUGGUCGAGGGGGUUACGUAUACCGUUGGUCCAUCCGCGACAAUUACUGCAGGGACAAUAACGACGGUGCUGAGCGGGAGUGGACAGACGGUCACUAUUGGGCCGGAGGGCGUGGUGGUGGGGACUGUGACUAUUGAGUAUCCUGUUAAUGGUGACGGAGGGGGGAGUACGACGGUUAUUUUCCCUGGUGCUGGUGGAGGGCCGGCGGCUGUGGAGACGGCGUCGGCGACGGCUGCUGGUGGUGGUGGUGGUGUUGCUGGUGGAGGGGGCGAGGGGUCAGCGAAGGAUGGGGAUGGGAAUGGGGAUGAUGAUGAGGAUGCUGGUGUUUCGGUUCAAGUGAUGUGGAGGGCUAUGAUGUUGGGGUUGGGAGUGGCUGGGGCGGUUGGGGUGUUUGGGUUGUAG